AUGAAUCGGCAUCAGGAUUUUCCUCCAGUUGGCCUGCCCUUUUUGCCAGGAAACAGUCUUGUUGACCCGACGAAACAGCGAUUUCACCUCUCCCAGUCGCUUGUUUAUGAUAAGGGAUACGCGUUGAAGAACCAGCCUCAGUACAAAAUUGGAGGAGGGAAGAUUGAGCUGUCGAAAAUUGACCCAGCAGAAGUUCAAUGCCUUGAUAAAGAGUUUGCGGCGCUUCAGUUCUCGGACGUUACUCGAUGUGAGGACCCGGGCUUCAUCCCGGCGCACGUGGCGCUCGACAAAAAGGUGCUCCACUUCAAAGGCUACUUUUCCGAAGAAAUCAUCGACUCGCCGGUCGAGAGCGAGCGGGUUCGAUUCCUCGACAUUUUCUACUAUCUGGUGGACGAUUCCGUCGCUAUGUCUGAACCGCAACAGGAAAACUCAGGGAUUGUCCAGGGGAAGUUUUUGACGCGCCAACGACUUCCCCUUGGCCAAGGUGAUCGAUUACUUUCUUGGAAGCAUUUGAAUACUGCCAUGGAUCUGAUGGUCUACUCAAAGAAAGUCCGUCUUUACUGGUGCGAUGCUUUUACGCGAGAGUGGCUCACCUCGGAAGGUAUCGAAGUGAAUGCAAAUGAGUCGUCUCCUGGUGAUCGGUACAUUUCUUCACGAGAACAACCUGAUAGAUCUUACGUCUCGCCUUCGGAAGUUGAUUCACUGCAUAAAUUCUUGACUCUGGAUCGAGUUGUGCUGAGAUUUUUUGCAAUUUGGGAUGAGCGAGAUCAGCUUUUUGGCGAAGUUCGAAAGUUCAUUGUGCACUUUUACAUGGCUGACGAUACGCUGGAGAUACGGGAAGUGCACCAGGCGAACAACGGGCGCGAUCCCUUUCCCAUUUUGGUCUCGCGACAACGCAUGCCAAGACAUUUGGUGGCGAAGACUUAUCCUUCCGUCGAAAAGGAUAUCGUCUCUGAGUCGGUUGGAUUCUUCGAGGCCACGGAUCUGAGGGUUGGAGAGAGCAUCUUUGUGAAUAACAGAAACAUGCUGUUGUAUGAUUGUGAUGGAGCUACUCGACAGUUCUCCCAAACAAAACUUGGAAUCGUCCAGCCAGAAGCAGUGAGCAUCGAUCAGUACUUCAAACACCCCGAUCCCCCAGUAGCUGCUGUCCCCGACUGGAAUGGUUUUGGAUCGCUAGAAGAUUCAGAAGAGAAUUGCAAGAGAAUCGUACCAGACCGACCGAGAAAGAAUUACUUGAAAAUGCUCCUCGCUGGAAAUGAGAAGCUCAGAUUCAAGGCUAAAAUGGUCGGAAGGAAUGAAAUGGAUGAUAUGAGAGUGUUUGUCUUUGAAAUUCGUCUAGCUGACGAUUUGAUUUCUAUCUUCGAAACAACCCCUAGAAACUCAGGAAUGCGAAGUGGUCGAUUCCUAGAGCCAUCAAGAAUAGCCAAGCCAAACUCAGAUCCAAACUACCCAGAAUACUACGCUAUUCCCGACUUUUGUAUUGGUGCCGAACUAACAGUUUUUGCAAAUCGAUUUGUCAUCACCGAAGCUGAUUUACACGUGAAAAAUUGGGUGACGGAAAACGCCGCGUCGCUUCCAUCUUCAUUUGUUGAAAACAUUCAAGCUUCAUAG